AAAACUCUGUUUUUAAAGAGGAACACUAAUGUCAUGGGACCUCCCAGAAUCCUCCAAGUCUCUAGUGAUGUCAAGAGUAACCCUCCCAGAAUCCUGCUCACAUCUCUGGUCAGGCCAAUAUCUUGUAACCCUCCCAGAAUCUACCUCACCUCCCUGGUUGGGUCAAUGUCCUAAAACCUUCUCAUUGUCCACCUUGCUUCUCAGGUCAGGUCAAUCUCAUGUAACCCUCCCAGAAUUCACCUCACCUCUCUGGUCAGGCCAGUGUCUUGUAACGCUUCCAGAAUCCACCUCACCUCUCAGGUCAGUUGAAUCUCAUGUAACCCUCCAAAAAUUCUCCUCACCUCCCUGGUCGGGUCAAUGUCCUAAAAUCUUUCCAGAAUCCACCUCACUUCUCAGGUCAGGUCAAUCUCAUAUAACCCUCCCAGAAUCCACCUCCCCUCUCUGGUCAGGUCAAUGUCCUAUAACCUUCUUAGAAUCCACCUCGCUUCUAAGGUCAGGUCAAUCACAUGUA